AUGAUCGGCGUUGAUGCCUGUCAGCGGUCAUUCUGUAUUGCCUUUGCCUUCCUCAGUGGUGAAGACGAAAAUGACUAUAUCUGGGCACUGGACCAACUCCAAUCGAUAUACGAGUUAUAUGACAUUCGCCAGCCAUCGGUUAUCCUGACAGAUCGCUGCCUCGCCUGCAUAAACGCAAUUUCCGAUGAGGAGACAUUUGAUCAACAAGUUGAAGAGCUCGAGAAGCGCUUUGUGCCACGAUACGUCAAGGAGGUUAGCUACAUACGGGAAACCUGGUUGGACCCGUAUAAGGAAAAGCUCGUCAAGGCCUGGGUCGAUCAAUAUGCUCACUUCGGCAAUGUGGCUACUUCCGGGUGGAAGGCAUCCACGCAUUAUUGA